GGAACCGACUGAUCCUGUGAUGUUGCACACUGUCUCACUUCAUUUGGCUCAUGAGCUCAUGCUCAUCUCUUCCCAGUCCCACCACAUGACUCAACAACACAUUCUCUGUCUCUCUCUCGCUUUCUAGUUCUUGGCUUCUUGCAAUGAACUGAUUACUACGUUUUGUUCUACUACUACCACCACCACCACAUCAUCUCCGGAGACUGCAGAAAUGGCUGAGCAGAACAAGAGGAGCUCGUCGGCGGCGGAGAACGGCCACGCCGGCGGCAAGAAGGCGAGGGCCAACGUCGAGGUGAAGCAGGAGGAAGAGGAGGCGGAGGAAGGAGAGAUGAGCCAAGAAGAAGAGAGCGCAAAGACGGGGCCUCUGGUGGUGGCCACCGCCAUGGACGACCCGCAGAUCGACGUCAGGAUCGCCGUCGGCUUGCUCCACUGCCAUGCCUGCCUCCUCCCCCUCAAGCCUCCCGUCUUCAAGUGCGAGGCGGCGCACGUGGUGUGCUCCGGCUGCCGCGGCAACCACGGCCAGCUCUGCCGCCGCGCCGCCGCGUACGCCCACUGCGCCGAGCUGGACGCCAUCGUCGGCGCCGCCAAGGUGGCGUGCGCCCACGCGCCGUACGGCUGCGACAGCUACGUCGUGUACGGCGCGGCCGCCGAGCACCAGCGCGCGUGCCCGUGCGCGCCCUGCUCCUGCCCGGACCCCGGCUGCGGCUUCCGCGGCUCGCCGGCGGCGCUCCUCGGCCACUUCGCCACCGACCACCCCUGGUCCGUCACGCAGAUCAGCUACGCGAAGCCGUGCAGGCUCGCCGUGCCGCUGCCCCGGCGGUGCCACGUCCUCGUCGGGGAGGACGACCGCGCCAUGUUCCUGGUGGUGUCCCCGUCCCCGUGCGGCGUCGGCGUCGGCGCGGCGGUGUGCGUGGCGUGCGUCCGGGCGAACGGCGACGACGCGGCGGCGGCGCAGUACAAGUGCAAGCUGUGGGUGGAGGUGCCGACCAACAGCGACAACAUGGUGAUGAUGACGUCCAAGGUGAGGAGCAGCGACCUCUCCGGCGGGUUCCCGGCGGCGGAGCAGGGGAUGUUCUUGGUGGUGCCGCCGGAGCUGCUUCACGAGGUGUCCGGCGAGACGCCGAUCCUCAGCAUCCGCAUCGAUCGAGCUGCUCCCGCCAUUGCCAAGCCCACCACUCCACGAGCCAGGUCCCUGAGGAGAUUGCAGUGAAGCUUAUGUGAAUCCAAUAGAGUAUAUGCUUAAGAUGACAGUCUGGUAUUAGUACUUGAUCUUUUGUGUAUUGACUAGCACUAGCCAAUAUAUGAGUAAUGGAGUAUGGUUUAACUCAUGACUUGUGUAGGAAUUUUGUACGGUUUGACUCUAAUGUUGUUAGUAAUUUAACUUGAGAUUUGUGAACC